AUGAGCGGGCUGCGGCGGCUCUUCCGCGGCAGCGGGCGAGCGCUGGCGUUCGUCUUCGCCGCCUCCGUCGUCUGGCUGCUCCUCGACAUGGCCGCGCUCCGCCUCUCGCUCGGCGACGCCGGCGGGCGGCUGCUGAAGGAGGCGGCGGGGCGCGGGCAGGGGCGCGGGCAGGAGCGGGCGCGGCUGCGGCGCGGCCCCGAGGCGCCGGCGGGCAGCCCCUGCAAAGAGGGGCUAAAACCCGGCAGCCCGGCAGUCCCGCGUCCCGGAUCCGACUCUGCGGGGAACUUCACAAAGAGCCAAGAAAAGCGCACAGAGCGGCAGCUCGCCAGCGAAAACGGCGAUGGUGCCCAUACUGCGAACGCCGUCACCGGGGCUGUGGCGCUGGAUGGCCGGAGCCGGACGCUGGGUGCGACGCAAGGAGCAGCUCCCGGGGCACCCGCCACUGGCAAGGACGGGCAGGAGCAGGCAGGCGGGAGCAGCCCCGGCACACACAGGGUCUUGUCCGUGGAUGCAACGCUUGCCCCGAGAGACCCCCAAGCUCCCGGCCAGUUUGGGCACCCUGUUGCAGUCCCUGACGAUAAACAAGAAGAAGCAAAAAGUAGAUGGAAAGAAGGAAACUUUAAUGUCUACCUCAGCGAUUUGAUCCCCGUAGACCGAGCUAUAGUGGACACCAGGCCUGCCGGGUGCUCCGAGCAGUGGGUUCAUGACGACCUCCCGACCACCACCAUCAUCAUGUGCUUCGUGGAUGAAGUGUGGUCCACCCUCCUCCGCUCCGUUCACAGCGUCCUCAGCAGAUCUCCUCCGCACCUGAUUGAAGAAGUCAUUUUGGUGGACGACUUCAGCACUAAAGAGUACCUCAAGGAGAAGCUGGACAAAUACAUGUCGCGGUUCCCAAAAGUGAAGAUCCUCCGUCUCAAGGAGAGGCAUGGUCUAAUACGGGCCAGACUGGCGGGAGCGGAGAUCGCCAAAGGUGCCGUCCUGACGUUCCUGGACUCGCACGUGGAGUGCAACGUGGGGUGGCUGGAGCCGCUGCUGGAGAGGGUCCGCCUGAGCCGGGCCAAGGUUGCCUGCCCCGUCAUCGAGGUCAUCAGUGACAAAGACAUGAGUUACAUGACCGUAGACAACUUUCAGCGUGGGAUUUUUACUUGGCCAAUGAAUUUUGGAUGGAGGCAGAUUCCACAAGAGGUCAUCGAGAAAAAUAAAAUCAAGGAAACUGAUAUAAUAAGGUGCCCGGUCAUGGCAGGUGGCCUGUUUUCCAUCGAUAAGAAGUAUUUUUUUGAGCUGGGAAUGUAUGACCCAGGGCUGGAUGUUUGGGGAGGUGAAAACAUGGAGAUUUCAUUCAAGGUCUGGAUGUGUGGGGGAGAGAUUGAGAUUGUUCCGUGCUCCCGAGUCGGGCAUAUUUUCAGGAACGACAAUCCUUAUUCCUUCCCGAAAGACCGGGUGAGAACGGUGGAGAGGAACUUGGCCCGCGUCGCGGAGGUCUGGCUGGACGAGUACAAGGAGUUGUUCUACGGCCACGCUUACCACUUAGUCUUGAAAAACCUGGAUGUCGGCGACCUGACCCAACAAAUCCAACUGCGAAAGAAGCUUCAGUGCAGAAGUUUCCGGUGGUACCUGGAGAACGUCUACCCGGACCUGGAGGCUCCCCUGGUUAAGGCCAGCGGGCUGCUUGUUAACGUAGCCACGGCAAGAUGCAUCACUGUGGAAAACACUACUCUAGCUUUUGAGGCGUGCGAUGUUAACAACAAGAACCAAAAGUUCAACUACACCUGGCUGAGGCUGAUCCAGCACGGAGAGCUCUGCAUCGCCCCGGCCGGCACUGCAGGCGCACUGGGCCUGCACCGCUGCGAGGGCAGGAGCCACAGCCUGACGUGGCUGCACCGGUCGCUGGCCGCCUUCCAGCCAGAGCUGGUAAACCACAUCGUCUCAGAGCACCUCCAGCAGCCGGCAUGCUUGGAAGUGGAUCCCUCUGACAAAUCCCUGAGGGUAAAUGCCUGUGACUCUGCAAAUCCUUAUCAAAAGUGGCAGUUUGGCAAUUACUAUGCAGACUGAAGGGAACACAG